AGUAGCUUGUCAGAAAGUAGUCCCUGCUUCAAGGGAUGCCUCUGGACAUGGGGCAGCUAAGGCGCACUAUAAAAGCCAGCCCAUCUCCGUGCUCUGUCAUCCACUUCUCUGGCCUUCUUCUCCUUGGGAACAAGGUGCACGUCCUGCCCCCAGACAUGUCCUGCUACGACCAGUGCCGGCCAUGCCUUCCAUGCCAGCCCUGCGGCCCGACCCCGCUGGCCAGCAGCUGCAAUGAGCCCUGUGUCAGGCAGUGCCAGAACUCCACCAUCGUCAUCCAGCCCUCCCCUGUGGUGGUGACCCUGCCCGGCCCCAUCCUCAGCUCCUUCCCGCAGAACACUGCUGUGGGAUCCUCCACCUCUGCCGCCGUUGGCAGCAUCCUCAGCUGUGACGGAGUCCCCAUCAACUCCGGGUGCUGUGACCUCUCCUGUAUUACCAGCCGCUACUGUGGCAGCAGGUGCCGGCCCUGCUAAAGAUGCCAGACAGUGCCCCAGACCAGGACCCCAGGAACUCAG